CCACUUUCCGACCAAACAUAUUCUCAGCCAAAACUAUUAGCACGCGGCGGCGACUCUCCGCAUCCUGUUUCCCGAAAUUCCCAGUUUCCACAGCAUCAUCACGUCAAUGGCUUCUCUUCCUCUGCUGCUCUUCUUUCUCUUCCUGUCUUUCCUCUUCUUCUGUCUCAACGCCACUUCUCCUGCUCAGCUUUUCUUUCCCGUCACGAAAGAUCUACCUACCCUGCAGUAUGUUGCACGGAUCUAUUACGGCGAUCCUGGAGUACCCAUCGAGCUUGUGCUUGAUCUGGGAAACCCAUUUGUUUGGAUCGAUUGUGGGUCUGUCGACGCGCCGCUGUUGAGGAAUGUGAUUCCCGGCUGUUCGAUGAAAUGUUCUAAAGGGGAGGUACAUGAAAUUGGGAAGAAACAGGGUACGUGCUCUUUUAGUACCAGCUGCAAUGUGUCUGCACGUAACGGCGCAACGGGAGUGGCGGUGCAGGGAGAACUGGCGGAGGGUGUGGUGGCAGUUGAUUCCGGGAAUGGGUUCGCCACUGUUCAUCAUUUCCUCUUCUCCUCUGCUCCUGCAUUUCUUUUACAAGGCCUGGCAACAGGUUCCAGAGGGAUGUUGGGAUUGGGAAAAUCCUCUGUUUCUUUGCCGUCUCAGUUUGGUGAUUUCUCUGCAGUUACUGGUCAACGUCGGAAAUUCGCUGUAUGCCUGUCGCCUUCAGAAGGUGUCGUACUAAUAGGGAACGGGGAUUCCAAUUUCGGCGUUGAAAUUACUGGGUCACUGCUCUACACACCCCUGUUCAUCAUCAAUCAAGAUUACUUCAUCAAAGUACAGUCCAUCAAGAUAAAUGGAAAGCGAAUUUCCAUCGAGAAAUUGAGGUUGGUACCGGACGAACAAGGCCGAGGAGGGACGAAACUGAGCACAACCGUUCCUUACACCAGCAUGGAGAGCUCAAUUUAUGCUGCGUUCACAAAGGCAUACGCCAAGGCAGCAGCUUUGAUGAACAUGACCAUGGCUGAGCCUGUGGCCCCAUUUGGGCUGUGCUUUAGCUCGAAAGGAAUUGGUGGGUCGGUGCCGGAGAUCGAUCUGGUGCUGCAGAGUGAGAUGGUAAAGUGGAGGAUUGAUGAGGGGAACUCGAUGGUGCAAGUGAGCAAGGAAGUGAUCUGCUUGGGGUUUGUGGACGGAGGGGUGGAGCAGGAAAACUCAAUUGUGAUCGGAGGGUUACAAUUGGAGGAAAAUUUUCUGGAAUUCGAUGUGGGAGGUUCAAGGCUAGGAUUUAGCUCCUCUCUUUUGAUGAGGGGAAAAUCCUGUUCCGAUUUCAGACCAAGUUACAGGGGCAUGGAGUCCUUGUAAUUCUUUUUUUUUUUUCCCUACUUUUUCUGUAAUUUUUGUGGAAUAGAUGUGUCUGGUUUGAUAUGUAAAAGCAUACAUAUUAUGUUUAUCAAAAUUAAGGAAAUGGAGGCUC